GUGAUGUUUCAAAAUGGCGUCUGAAAAUGAAGAAGUUGACGGUGCAGCUAUUUUAGCCAAAUCGUUGAAAUCUCAGGGAGUUGAGUAUAUGUUUGGUAUAGUAGGGGUACCAGUUAUUGAGGUGGCAGUAGCAGCACAGGCUGAAGGUAUAAAAUAUGUUGGUAUGAGGAAUGAACAAGCUGCAUCAUAUGCAGCAUCAGCUAUUGGUUAUAUGACUGGAAGGCCAGCAGUAUGUCUAGUAGUUUCAGGACCUGGUUUAGUUCAUGCUUUUGCUGGAAUGUCAAAUGCCAUGGAAAAUUGCUGGCCACUGAUAGUUGUAGGGGGAUCUUGUGAUUCCAAUCAAGAGGGUAUGGGAGGCUUCCAAGAGUACCCACAAGUUUUCACUGCAAAACCAUUCUGCAAGUAUUCAGCUAGACCCAGCAGUGUAGACAGAAUUCCUUUCUUUGUGGAAAAGGCAGUAAGACAGAGUAUAUAUGGUAGACCAGGAUGCUGUUAUAUAGAUUUACCUGGUGACAUGAUAACAGAUAAAAUACCAUUAUCACAUGUCAGUUCGGUAAAAAGGUGCCCAGAUGCUCCAGUUAUGUUAGCAGAUCCUUCCUCAAUCAAGAAGACCAUAGAUUUACUAUCCAACAGUUCUAGACCUCUAGUCAUUGUAGGAAAAGGUGCAGCAUAUGGAAGAGCAGAAAGAGCUGUUAGAGAAUUUAUAACAUCCUGGAAUCUACCAUUUUUACCGACUCCAAUGGGUAAAGGAGUUUUACCAGAUGAUCAUCCACUAUGUGUUUCUUCUACCAGGUCCAAAGCUCUACAAGAAGCAGACGUGAUAAUACUGCUUGGAGCAAGAUUGAACUGGAUCCUACACUUUGGUUUACCUCCGAGAUUUCACAAAGAUAUCCAAAUUGUCCAGGUAGAUAUUUGUGUAGAAGAGCUAGGUAAUAAUGUAUAUAAAUGGUUAGGAUUAGUUGGUAAUAUAUCACAUGUUGUACAUCAGGUAAGUGUUAAAAUGAUAUUUUUAGAUGGUUAUAUCCUCUCUUGGUGGAAAUUCUUAAAAAAUAAAAUGAAAACAAACCAAAAUACAUUUCAGAAAAUGAUCAGUGAUAAGAGCAGUCCGUUAAAUUAUUAUGCUGUUUUAAAUGAAAUAAACAAUAUGAUACCAGAUAACAGUAUUAUUAUUAAUGAAGGAGCUAAUACAAUGGAUAUAGGACGUGUCAUGUUGUUAAAUCAUUUACCCAGACAUAGACUUGAUGCUGGGACAUUCGGAACUAUGGGUGUAGGAUUAGGGUUCACAGUGGCUGCUGCCAUCUGGUGUCGAGAUCAUGCUCCCAAUAAAAGAGUGGUCUGUGUCCAAGGAGAUAGUGCUUUUGGCUUUUCAGGAAUGGAAAUUGAAACAUUACAAAGAUAUAACCUACCAAUUAUUCUAAUCAUCCUCAAUAACAAUGGUAUAUCAUUUGGUAUUGAUGAAGAGUCUUGGUCGAGUCUCGAGUCAGCAGGUGAUUUAACUUUAAUGACACCACCAACUUCAUUGAAACCCAAUACACCAUAUGAAAAAAUGAUGGCAGGCUUUGGUGGGCGGGGCUAUGCUGUACAGACCAUACACAGUUUACAGCAUAGUUUAAAAGAUGCAUUGAAUCAUACCAACCAAUCAUCAUUAAUUACUGUAGCUAUCAAUCCAUUAGCACAACGUAAACCUCAGGACUUCUUUUGGUUAACCAAGUCAAAAAUGUAAUUUGAGAAACAAAUAUAAUAAAGAAAGGUGGCAUUACAGCUAGAUUCCAUUUUCAGCAAGAUUUUCAAGUGACAAAGUGAUAUGAGCAAAUCAUACCAUAUUGAACUUUGUUGUAGUGCUAAUCAAAUAUAAAUGUGUGACUUAAUCCAAGGUGAUAUGUGAUAACAAAAUUACUUGUGGUAAUUAAUUAUAAAGUGACAUGAUCAAAUAAUCUGUGAUUUAUAUGAGUCAGGUAUCACAAAUGUCUUGGCUUAAAAUUUCAUCAAAUGCCUAGACACUUUUCUUACUUACAAGGGGAAACUUGGAAAGGACACAUCUCUCUCACAACAUAGCCCUACUCUCAUGCUAUUUUUAAGGGAUAUCUUAAUUACAAUGCCUCUGGUCUACAUUAUUUAAGGGUUAAAGGGGCAGACUCUCCAUUUGUUUCACAGGUCGAAAAUUUGUGCCAUCAAAUCCAUAAUUUGCCAUAAUAAAUUGAAAGUUAAAAUGA